AUGGGCACAUUUCGUGAUGUGUCGCCCACACUCACGGUCGUAGAAGAGGAGUCUUCUGGUCCCGAUGUCGUUAUAAUCGUCGUCGUUGUAGUGUCCGUUGUGCUUGUGUCAGUGGUGGUGGCUGUGGCUAUCUAUUUAUGGCAAAGUAAGAAGGAUGCUAGGCGUAGGGAGGCUGCGGGGAAACGUUUGGCCCGAAGAGCCUCAGUGUCCAGGCCUGCCUUGGAUGGUCCCAGCAUGCAGCAACCCGGCAUCCAAGAGCCCGGCAUGCAACAACCUGGCGUGCAACAACCCGGCAUCCAACAGCCCGACAUCCAACAGCCCGACAUCCAACAACCUGUCAUGCAACAACCCGGCAUGCCACAAACCGGCGUUCAGCAACCUGGCAUGCAACAACCCGGCAUGCAACAACCUGUCAUGCAACAACCUGGCGUGCAGCAACCUGGUAUGCAGCAACCCGGCAUGCAGCGCCAGCUUUCUUUCCGUGGAGGCAUUCAAAAGCCCGGUAUCCAGCAGCAACCUAGAACGCAGCGCCAGCCUUCUUUCCGUGGAGGCAUGCAACAACCCGGCGUGCAGCACCAGCCUUCUUUCCGUGGAGGCAAACCGCAACAACCAGGAAUGCAGCAACCCGGAAUGCAGCGCCAGCCUUCUUUCCGUGGAGGCAUGCAACAGCCCGGUAUGCAGCGCCAGCCUUCUUUCCGUGGAGGCGUGCAACAACCAGGAAUGCAGCAACCCGGAAUGCAACAGCCCCGUAUGCAACAGCCCGGUAUGCAGCGCCAGCCUUCUUUCCGUGGAGGCGUGCAACAACCCGGCAUGCAGCAGCAAUCGCUUGGCGGCGGCUUGAAACAGGCUACCGCUCAGCGUCGUUUGAUGAAUGGAAGAAACAUGCAAGGCGAAGUUUAG